AGCAUCUGGGCCAAGUUAGGGGCGGCCGAGUUCAGCGCGCAGCAUCCGCAGGGUCGCAGGAGCGGAGGGGCGUCCGGGUUGGAACAACAGCUCAUGGGUUCCGACGUGCGGGACCUGAACGCGCUGUUGCCCGCCGUGUCCUCGCUGGGUGGCGGCGGUGGCUGUGCGCUCCCAGUGAGCGGAGCCGCGCAGUGGGCGCCGGUGCUGGACUUCGCGCCUCCGGGCGCUUCUGCUUACGGUUCGCUGGGCGCCCCCGCGCCUCCGCCCGCUCCGCCGCCGCCGCCGCCUCCUCCGCCGCCGCCCCACUCUUUCAUCAAACAGGAGCCGAGCUGGGGCGGCGCGGAGCCGCACGAAGAGCAGUGCCUGAGCGCAUUCACCGUCCAUUUCUCCGGCCAGUUCACCGGGACAGCUGGGGCCUGUCGCUACGGACCUUUCGGUCCUCCCCCUCCCAGCCAGGCGUCCUCCGGCCAGGCCAGGAUGUUUCCCAAUGCCCCCUACCUGCCCAGCUGCCUGGAGAGCCAGCCCGCUAUCCGCAACCAAGGAUACAGUACAGUCACUUUCGAUGGGACGCCCAGCUAUAGUCACACGCCCUCGCACCACGCUGCGCAGUUCCCCAACCACUCCUUCAAGCACGAGGACCCGAUGGGCCAGCAGGGCUCGCUGGGCGAGCAGCAGUACUCUGUGCCGCCCCCAGUCUAUGGCUGCCACACCCCUACUGACAGCUGCACCGGCAGCCAGGCUCUUCUGCUGAGAACGCCCUACAGCAGUGACAAUUUAUACCAAAUGACCUCCCAGCUUGAAUGCAUGACCUGGAAUCAGAUGAACCUAGGAGCCACCUUAAAGGGUCAUAGCACAGGGUACGAGAGUGAGAACCACACAACCCCCAUCCUCUGUGGUGCCCAAUACAGAAUACACACCCAUGGUGUCUUCCGAGGCAUUCAGGAUGUGCGGCGUGUCCCUGGAGUAGCACCAACUCUUGUCCGGUCAGCAUCUGAGACUAGUGAGAAACGCCCCUUCAUGUGUGCUUACCCAGGCUGCAAUAAGAGAUAUUUUAAGCUGUCCCACUUACAGAUGCACAGCCGGAAGCACACUGGUGAGAAACCCUACCAGUGUGACUUCAAGGACUGUGAGAGAAGGUUUUCUCGUUCAGACCAACUCAAAAGACACCAAAGGAGACACACAGGUGUGAAACCAUUCCAGUGUAAAACUUGUCAACGAAAGUUCUCCCGGUCCGACCACCUGAAGACCCACACCAGGACUCAUACAGGUAAAACAAGUGAAAAGCCCUUCAGCUGUCGGUGGCCCAGUUGUCAGAAAAAGUUUGCCCGGUCAGAUGAAUUAGUCCGCCAUCACAAUAUGCAUCAGAGAAAUAUGACCAAGCUCCAGCUGGCGCUUUGAGGGGUCUGACCUGGGGACAGUUCCAUGUCCCAGGCAGGACAGUGUGUGAACUACUUCCAAAUAUGAUUUGAAAUGCCUCUCACUCACCUACAAAGGACAUGGCUGUGGGUCUUCAUCCAGCUUCCAACAAGAUACCUGUGUGACUGGAUCCUACCAGAUUUGUCCAGAGGAGCUGGUCUGUGCUCUGCCUGCUUUUAGUUGACUGGUGAAGUGGCUUAUAGUGUCUUGUUAGUUGAAAGCCUUGUUGCCAUUUGGUCUGGAUUUUUCACUAUAAGAACUGUUGUUGAUAAUGUUCCUCUACCUUCCUCUUCUCCUUUUAUACUCAUUUUCACUAGGAAUGGAGCUAUUGUACCAUUUUCCAUCAGGGGAUAUUUAUAGGCCAGGGCAUGUGUAUGUGUCUGCUAAUGUAAACUUUGUCAUAGUUCCCACUUACUAACAGCACCAGUGAGAAAUAAAUCAGAGAACAAGGCAUCAGGGGCGAGUGUUGCCCAGCAUUCCAGAGGUCAGGCGGCUGCUAACCUGGAAGGCAGGAUGUAAUUUUACCAGGCAACUUUUAAAGCUCUUGGGUUUCUCAGUUAUUCAUUUUUAACGUUAGCACAGUGCUCUUUAAAAAACAAAAACAAAAACAAAAACAUAUGUUUGAAGAGCUGAGAUUUUUUUUUUAAUGUUUUUGAUUUUUUUUUUUUUUUACUUGUAAUUAAGUGCAUCGUAUGUUCUCACACAAAGGAAGUGGAAGAAUUCAUUUUCAUGAUCUGGGGUAUCCUUAGAGUGUACAGACCACACUGGCUAUGUGGCUUAAAGCUGUAAAAAUUAAAGUGACUUUAAAAGAAAAUAGGGGCUGGUCCAGGAUGUUCACUGAUAAGACUGUUCUUGAGUAACUUAAAUAUCUUUGAGUCUACAAGUAUGUGAAAAAAAAGAGAUGUACUAUUGUGAGGGAAUCCAUUGUUUAGAGGUGUGUGUGUGUGUGUUGUUGUUGUUGUUUUUAAAGGGAGGGGUUUAUUAAUUUACUGUUGCUUGAAAUACUGUGUAAAUAUAUAUAUGAUAAUGAUUUGCUCUUUGACAACUAAAAUUAGAAAGUGUAUGAAUAUUAGAUGCAUCACUGUGUGGGUGUUAAUCUUACAGUGUAUUGCUGAUAACACUAAAAAUGUAACCUGCAUUUUUCACUUUGCUCUCAAUUAAAGUCUGUUCCAAAAGAAAGUG